UUCCGUCGCCAUGGUGACCAGCAGACACCAACAACCCGACGUUUCGACAUGGCGUCUAAGAAUAGUCCGCUUGAGACUAAGUUUUCCUUCAACCUCCUCCCAAACAAGACAUUUUCUUUCCUUCAGGACAAAACCACGCUACAACUCCUCAUGAAAUGGUCCAUGCUAGGGCGUAUCUCAGCCCAGGCCUUCAGCUUUGACCAGACCUUCUACCCAUACAACAGCCACGACUUUACACUGAGUUUCUUCAGAGACCCCUGUGUGCUGACCAACCUCAGGAAGAUGGAGGCUGGAGCCUGGGUUACUCUGGAGGGUGAGGUGGUGUGUGUACAGGUAGAGGUAGUGCCGUGCAGUAAGGUCACCAUGGAGAUGUUUGACCCUCUCUACUCCAGUGGAAUCAUCACAGCCUCUGGACACAUCACCAAAUGUUUCCAUGACACCUACCCUGACUACGACCUACUGAGACAGAUGCUGCAGGAGGAGGAUGGAGUGAUGGAGAGGAGAGAGUUCCUGUUUCUUCUGUUUAAACACGUGACUCUGGGAGGAGAGCUGUGUCAGUAUGAAGACACCAUCCACCCCUACAUGGACACCACUAGAUCCAUCUAUAGGGACCUGGUCAGUGUUCAGAAGAAUCCAGAGAGCAAGGAGAUCAGUGUUGUUUCCACUGUCAUCAAAGUCUCUGCUCUGGAUGCAUCCGGUGUGAUUUACCCAGCCAGAGAAAAGGAGGAUCAGUCAUUCUCCUACCUCAUAGUGGACCCCUUCAGAAGACAUGUCUAUGUGUUCUACCACUGUUAUGGAGUAGGCGCCUUCACGCUGUAACACACACACCAAUCCAAUGUUUUGGACAAUCUGCUAGGGGGAGUGAAUGAGUUCCUACUUCAGGGAGAAUGAGGAGAAACUGAGUUGGUCUAUUAUCUCAGGAAGUAGCCUGCUAGGAUGGGCUGUUCCUUCUACAACUACUGGAGGACUGUUCCUUCUACAACUACUGGAGGACUGCUGUUCCUUCUACAACUACUGGAGGACUGCUGUUCCUUCUAUAACUACUGUAGGACUGUUCCUUCUACAACUACUGGAGGACUGCUGUUCCUUCUAUAACUACUGGAGGACUGUUCCUUCUAUAACUACUGUAGGGCUGUUCCUUCUAUAACUACUGGAGGACUGUUCCUUCUAUAACUACUGUAGGGCUGUUCCUUCUAUAACUACUGGAGGACUGUUCCUUCUAUAACUACUGUAGGACUGUUCCUUCUAUAACUACUGGAGGACUGUUCCUUCUACAACUACUGGAGGACUGCUGUUCCUUCUAUAACUACUGGAGGACUGUUCCUUCUAUAACUACUGUAGGGCUGUUCCUUCUAUAACUACUGUAGGACUGCUGUUCCUUCUAUAACUACUGUAGGGCUGUUCCUUCUAUAACUACUGUAGGACUGUUCCUUCUAUAACUACUGUAGGACUGCUGUUCCUUCUACAACUACUGGAGGGCUGUUCCUUCUACAACUA